AUGGCUGCCAAAGCAAAAACUACCCACACCAUGGUCAAGCUCAUCUCUGCGGCUAAGACUGGCUAUGAGAAGUGGUUCAAGAUCCCAAGACACUCGCAGAGACUCAACUUGAUCCUCUAUGACCCUAGAGCAAAGAGACAUUGUCUUUUCACAGAGGAUAAAAAGAGGAAGGUGCCAGACUUGGUCGCCAAGGACUACAACAGAAGCCACCGUGUGUGA